AUGUCCGCAAGCCGCCAGCACCAGGCGUUUCGUGUCAGAGAACUCUACCGAGACUGGUACCGGUCGGCCCCCGAAAUCUGUGCCCUGUAUGCUCUCAACGUCUCGCCAAAUGUUGUCCGGGCAGCCAUACGGCGUCAAUUCGAGGCAAACUUGCACAUAGAAGAUGCUGGAGCAAUAGAGAGACUUAUUCUCAAGGGACGGCAGUCGUAUCAGGAGACUAUGAACUGCUGGAUGCAGGAACCACAUAUCAUGGGUAUUCUCCUCAAGCCACAAUUGCAGCAACCACGCACGUUUAUGCAAAAGUUUCUCGAAGUAUGGCGAGAUUAUUCGCUGCGAUGUGCCUGCACAGCCCGCGAGCAGAAACAAAAGGUGACCGAUCCCCACCUCAUCACAGGUCAACAUUGGCUCAUACAGCUCUUCAAAAGAUAUGCAUUUGUCGAAUAUGUUCACGAGGAUGACGCUGUGCAAGCCCUCGGCCGCUUGAGUGGCGAACAUUUGCAAGGAAAAGCACUCAUCGUAGAGGCAAGUAUCUUUCUCACUCGAUCCACCUCUGUUCUCGAUCUCACCACAAAUCUUAGUGGGCGAAGCGGACCCCAGGAAAAGUCGAAGACAGAGAACGAGACCGGGAACACCGUGAUCGUGAUCAUGACGGGCGCUCUCGACGUGACUCUCGGCCAGAGCCAUAUCGAACACCUCCGCGUCGAACCGACAGGUCUCGCUCUCCUCUGCGUCGCAACCAUGACAGUGAAGGACACCGUUCGGACAGGACAAGAGACUCUGGACGCCGUCGUUCUCAUUCUCGUUCACCCAGGAGCAAUAGACGCAGGGACAAUUCACCCAACAGAGACAAGUAUGAAAACGGUAGUUCACGCGACAAAGAUUCGCAUCAUUCAAGGAGAAGAGACGGAACACCACCGAGGCGCAAUAUAUCACCCAUGCGCAGAAUUAUUGUAA